UCAGGAACAGGAGCUGAAAUAUCCAGGGAUGGAGCAGGGCAGGUUGGUGUUGCUGCUGGUGUUGGCGUGCGCGUGUAAGGAGUGUAUGUGUCAGCACUGGUCGUACGGCUGGCUACCGGGCGGCAAACGCAGCAUUGGAGGAGAACUGGAGGCUACUUUCAGGAUGAUGGAUGAUGGAGAUACUCUCAUUCCUCUCACGGCCGAAAAAUUACAAUCCAAUGAUGCUAUCAUUGAUAACAUUGAGGAGAAUGCUGUGAGAAGAGGUCGAAGGCCAUUACGAAGAGAAUUGCUUGACUGAUGCACGCACACACACA